AUGUCGACACUGUCAUUGGGCGCUGAAGAGCUCGAUGACUUGACCUACUAUGCCCGCACCGGCGACUUAGAUGCCCUCAAAGCCACCAUCACCCACAUCUCGAGCUCAUACUCCUGCCCCCAGGACACGGUUCUAGCAGCUACUCUGGAUGAGGAUGACGACAAGCCUGAGCUGAGUUCGGGUUGCUGCCUCCUUCACUGGCCCGCCGCGAACGGGAAUGAGGCAAUUCUGAGCUACUUACUAUCUCUCCUUAGCUCGAAGCCUGACUCCACUGGUGGGCCAGUGAAAUCUACUUCCACUUUGAUCAACCACAGAAAUAAGAAUGGCAAUACGCCCCUUCACUGGGCGGCUGUUAAUGGUCAUCUACCAUGCGUCAAGGCAUUGGUGAACGCUGGCGCCGAUCCACUCAUCACUAACAACGCGGGUCAUGAUGCCCUGUACGAGGCGGAUAGCAGUGCGAAGGAAGGUGGAAGAGAAGUUGCGGAGUGGAUACUGGCCAACUGCGCCGGAUUAGAGAAGGUGUCAAAUGGAGAAGUCACAGGUGCAGAAACUGUCGCACAAGAUGAGGGCGAAGCGGAUGACUUGAUGGAUGAUUUGACCAACGAAACGUGA